AUGCCCACUCGAGCCGCCACCAAGGCUGCAGAAGCUGCUGCUGCUCUAAACUCUGCAGCAGCAACUCUCUCAUCUCCACCAACUACACCCGCCGGCCGUAAACAAAUCUUCGAAAAUGUCGCCACUGGUUCGCCAACCAAGUCUCGAAAGCGUGCUCCACCGAAGAAGAAGGCAAAGUCAGCGGCGGAGCCAAUGACCGGUGGUUGGGAUGUUCUUCCUCAUGGAAUGGGACAAAAGGGUGAUCUUCUUGAUGACAAUUUCGGCAGUACCGGCAUGGAAGAAGCGACUCCCACCACCCCUAAGAGAGCCACCAGAGUCAGAGUUACCAAGACUACUGUUAAAACUUCUAUCAAAGAUGAGGAUGAGGAGAAGCCACUUAAUCUUGGCGAUUCAGUUAUUCCUGAUCUUCUUGAAGAUAUCAAGGAAGAAGAGCCCAAGAAGAAGAGAUUGCCACGCAAGAAAAAGGUUGUCGAUGUAUCCACGGAGGUUGAUGGUUCCUCAGCUAAGCCUAUCAAGGCAAAGAAUAAGAACUACGGUAUCGUCUUUGGUGAAACACCUUUCCCCGACCACGUCUCGCCCACUGCUCAAGAGGCCGAGACGGUCAACAGCUUGUUGACUGCUCUGCAUGGUGAAGUCAAGCCACCAGUUACAGUUCCAGCUCCCUCCGAUACUGUAACUGGAUGUGGAGAGGUUCCGGAUGUUCUCGACGCGACUAUGAGAACCCUUCUCAGUGCUGCGACCACUGCUGGUAACGCCAACAAAUCAAUGGCAGGUCUGAAGGCGGAGUAUGGGUUGAGAACUUCUGGCAAGGGCGCAGGCAGCGUUUCAUGGGAAGCUGUACAUGCUUCAUCAAGGGAAGAUGUUGAGGAGGCUAUCAGAUCAGGCGGGCUUGCUAAGGUCAAGGCAGGCUAUAUCAAGGCAAUUCUACAAGUGGUUUUCGAUAAAAACACCGUACUUCUAGAGACUCUACUAAAGGAGGUCAAUACUAAUGUUCCAGUUCCAUUCGUCGGAAAGGUUCUAGAGACUAAGGAGCAAAAGGAAGCCGAAAUCAAGAGCUUGCGAGAGAACAUGCUCUCACUUGACUAUGUCCACUCCUUGGAUAAGCCAGCUGCCAUGCGCGUAUUGAUGGAUUUGCCAGGUAUUGGGGUCAAAACUGCAGCAUGCGUUGCUUUGUUCUGCUUGGGAAGACCUAGCUUCGCUGUCGAUACGCAUGUCUGGCGUCACUGUGUUUGGCUUGGUUGGGUUCCAGAGAAAGCAAGCCGCGAUCAAACCUUCAGCCACUGCGAAGUUCGAAUUCCCGAUCACUUAAAGUACUCUCUCCAUCAAUUGUUCCUCCGACAUGGAAAGACAUGUGGUCGCUGUAGAGCUGCAACAACCGAGGGUUCUGUGGAUUGGGAAAACACUGUUUGUCCAAUUGAGCACUUGGUCAAUAGAACUGGAGACAAGAAGCAACCAGGGUUCAGGGCUGGCAAGAAGGUGGUUGUCAAGAAGGUUGUAAAGAAGGUUGGCAAGGGUUCUAAAAAGAGAAAGAGAAAUUCUGAAGACAGUGACGAGGAAGCAGAGGCUGAAGCAGAUGCAGAAAAUGAUGAACAGUUUGAGGAAGGCAAAGAAGAAGACGAUGCUGACAUUAAAGUCGAAGUUGACACUGAAUCCCGCGUCAGCGUUCAAACAGACUGA